UGAACUCUGUGAAUACUACUUAUCAGUUGCUCAUUUGAUAGAAACCACACAUAUCUAGACUACUAGAUACUGUAUACACGAGCGGUCAAAUACCGGGAAACUUGAUUUAUCUGUUGCAGACAAACCAUGAAGUCGUUCACCAUCGCCCUGCUGUUCCUGCUUGGCCUGCUUGGCCUCACUUGUGCAGCACCAAGUAAAGACAAAGCUCAAGAUGCUGGCGAAGUAGUUGCUUCAGACCAGAAUGGUUUUGCAAUUCAACGUCGUCAGUCAACGCAUACGUAUAUCUUGUGUGAAGGCCAAAAUGGAGUUCUUGGCUGUCCCGGCAACAAGCGUCUACGCAUCCUUUACGCCAACUACGGCAGAACAAGUAGGAACGUCUGCUGGCACUUGUUGUUUAUGUCCAAUACCAACUGCCACUCGAGCUAUGCCAAGAGGAAGAUUCGCGGUGCUUGUAAUGGUCAUAACUCCUGCCGUUUGUACGCUACAAACAAUUCCUUUGGUGAUCCCUGUCCGUGGACCCAUAAGUACAUCGAGGUUCAUUACAAGUGUGUUUGAAACUUGAUAAGGAAAUAUUAAACAAGUGUAAUAACUUGAAUUGAUUAAGACAUAAGCUUAAAAAACACACUCAUGUAAACUAAGAGUAAUACUCAAGUUAUGAAAUAAACAAAACAUUAUGAAUAUGAACAUAA